AUGGCCAAGACCAAGAAGGUCGCUGCGCCCGUCGCCCCGUCGUCCAACUGGAAGUCGCUCAAGGCCGCCAUCAAGCCCGCCUCGUCCACGCCCGCGCCCGCCAGCGACAGCAGCAAGCGCAAGCGCACGCACUCGAGCGUCUCGUCCGACGCGGCAGAGCGGCAGAAGGGCAGCAGCACCAGCCUCAAGGGCAAGGAGCGGCAGCGAGCAGACGAGGCGGCCGUCGACGCGCGCAAGAAGGGUGCCGCGCACAAGCGCCUCAUUCCUGUCGACGAGAUCAUGCAGGGCGGCUUGGCGGCGUGGCAGCGAGACCCCGGCCAGUACCUCGCUAUCGACUGCGAGAUGGUCGGCGUCGGCCCCGAGGGCGUCGAGUCGACGCUCGCCCGCGUCUCGAUCGUCAACUACCACGGCAGCACCAUCCUCGACCGCUUCGUGCGUCCGAGGGAACGCGUGACCGACUACCGCACCUGGGUGUCGGGCGUCAGGGAGGAGGACUUGCGCAACGCACCGAGCUUCCAGGAGGUGCAGAAGGAGGUGGCGGCCCUCAUCAAGGACCGCAUCUUGAUCGGCCACGCUCUCUCGAACGACACGCAGGUCCUCUUGCUCUCGCACCCGUGGCACAUGACGCGCGACACGUCCAAGUACGCCCCGCUGCAGGGUCUCGCCAAGACGAAGCGGCCGGGCCUCAAGAACCUCGCCAAGCUCGCGCUCGGCGUCGACAUCCAGGCCGGCGAGCACAGCUCGGUGACCGACGCUCGCGCGACGAUGGCCCUGUACCGCACGCAGAAGUCGGCGUGGGAGGACUCGCUCCUGACGCACAAGACGCCGUCGCUCCUCACCAACACGACGCCUGCGCUCGAGGCGCUCGACCUGUCCAAGAUCAGCCUGACGGGCGUCGGCAAGAAGCGCCAACAGCACCUCGGGCUCGCGGCGACGAUCCGGCACGAGAAGCAUCUGCGCGAGGAGGCCGGGCGCGGCAGCGGCGACGAGGACGACCUCGACGACGAGCCAGACGAGCUCGUCGAGGACGAGAAGCGCAAGAAGCGCCGUGUCGAGCGCAAGGACGACCUCGUGCUCGGGUUCGACUUUGACGCCGCGCCCGUCGUCGUCGCGGCGCCGCCAGCUGCGCCCGUCCACCACAAGGACAAGAUGGUCGGUGCGAGCGGUGCGGGCGCCAAGAAGAAGCAGAAGGGCACGACGGGCGGCGCCGCGAGCAGGUCGACCAUCCGCGGCGACAUGUCGAGGCGGCCGGCCGCCAAGGACAGCUGGUGGGAGGAGGACUGAGCCGGCGGUCUCUCCUUUUCUGGACUCUCUUGUUGUCAUGAUCACGUAGCUCGCGCGCCCUGUCGUCGACGGUCUCUG